UAGCUUAUCGGGUAACCUUCAGGUAGUCCAGGUUUGAUAGGGCAAGAACGAACGACAACACCACCAUGUGGCAAGCAUGAGCUUCCAGGAAAGCCACAACCACAUGGCCAUUCCUUUCGUGGUGUCAACACCAAAGGUACAGCAAACAUCCUUACGCUAUAAACGAUAAUGAGAGCCCGACUUGGAGUCUCGCCCCAGACUGUCCACGCGGCUCCGAUCAGGAGCCGCACCUCUUGAGAGUCACCAGGCCCGCUCGUCGCUUUGGAACCAUUAGGGGGCUCGUUUGAUAUACCUCCUCGAGCCUUACUUAAACCACUUCCGAUACCAUGGCGUCCUAUCUACAAGCAUAUUUCCAGGCCUCCUCCAUGCCGAAGCGCCUCCUUCAAUACGCACUCUCCAGGCUUGAAAUCCUCGAUACAAACGCUUUGGAUUUGGACAAUUUAGAUAUAGCUUUGGGCAAGAACACCGUGCUUGAGUUUCGAGAUGUGGGCCUGCGCCUGAAGAAACUGGAAACGUUCCUUCAGCUACCUCCUUCGCUCGAACUUAUCAAAGCUCGUGUCCUCCUCCUGCGUAUCUCCGUUCCAGUCGAUGUUUACAUUAGUCCAAUACUGGUCGAGGUUGAAGGCGUCGAGAGUCAUCUACGCGUGGAGUCCAAGUCGGAAAAGCCUACUCGUACGAAACAUGAUCGGAAGCGAAAAGGUCCUCAGUCGAGUGAUCCCUCUCCCCAUAAAAUCCCCGAAAGAGGCUCGAAGGGUGCUCAUUUCGAGGAUGGAUCGGACUCCGCAAUACCAACGGCAGCUGACCUAGCACAGUCCUUUCUGCAGACUGAGACAGAGGAGGAGAGAGCUGAAUUGGAAGCUGCUAUUUUGUCAGAAACCCAUGAGAUCGGCUCAUCUUCGGUUUUGAGUGAUGAUGGCGAACUGCCAGUCGGUACAGGGACUGCACUGUCCUUACCAACCUUCAUGGCCAACUUUCUGCAGGGUAUUGUUGACCGCGUGCAAAUAAGAAUUCGAGGUGUCACUUUCAACCUAGACGUGGAUGUUCCGAAUGAGAACUCAAGAUCGCCUCCUUCCAGUGCAACGGAUCCUGUUACUAUUCAAUUGAAGAUAGAGAAUGUCGACGUUGAGGGCGUUACCCAUGGUCUAAAUAAGGAUUCACAGACCACUGCCAGCAAUAGGUUGCCCCGAUCCAAGGAAGGCAAACGCCUUAUUUGUCUUUCGAAAAUUCGAGGGUCUUUGAUAUCGGAGGCGGCUGUUUUCUCCUCUUUAGCUCGAUCCUCCGCAUUGUCCUCACCAUCGGCGGCACAUUCUGACAUAUUUGAGGACAGAAAAUCGGGUUCUCAAUCCCACUCGAGUACUCGAGAGAGCCUUCUGCAAACGGUUGACCGAGGAUCAUCGCCUGAGCAGACACCUACUGUUUCGUCUAAAUUAUCAAUGAAAUCUUUACCCGGGAGAAACAUAGAUACGAAGUCUCUCAGUAGUUCAAUCGCUGCGAGUGAUAGUGGUCGUUUUGAUGACGCUUCGGAGGACGGCAAUGGGUCGAAUAUGUCAGAGAGUGCCCAUCUCAGUGAAGUUGGAGACAGCGUUUUUCGGAACUCUGCGUACUUCGACCAGGUUGGAGAAAGCCAGUAUUCAGUGGAGAAUGAGAAUGAGGACGGAGGAUCUGCUGUCCUACCUUCUGCCCCUCGAGGUCUAAACAGCAAGAAUUUAGCCUCGGCACUGUCUACCCCACGAGCUUCCGUUCACCUCUCAGACAUAGAACCCGAAGUCUUCAGCCCGCGAACUGUCGAAGAUGAACCCCCUCCUUCAAUGUUGCAGUCAACAAUAUUGCCAACAAGAGGCCACAUCAGGUUCUCAGCAGAUCGUGUUUCGCAAUCUCAGCCAUCCCUUUCCUCUGGGACUUCUAGAUCAUCUGCAGAGGACGGUUUCCCCCCAAUGGGAGAUAUCUCGACAUUGACCGACACUGCUCAAGACAGUGACGAGGAAGAGAACAGCUCCACCCCCGUGGGAGAAGAAGACCUUGCUCAAUCUCAACUAUUCAGCCAUGAAGACGCCGAGAGUAUGUACAUGAGUGCUUUAUCCCAUGACUCUUCUUCGUCGAGAAUUCCGGGAGGGUGGGGACAGUCAAGCAGUGAGAGAUCUGCUCCUGGUAGUCCAAUUCCUUCGGAGGCGAAGGCACAGCCUUUGGACAAUCUGGAAAAUGCUCGCCAUGCUGCGCCCGUCCCAGCAUCACCAGAAGAUGAACAUUUUCUUCCUUCCAUGUCAGCCUCGAAUACACCGAGAAGAAUAUCAACACUCGCUUCAGAUACGUUUACAGAGAUUCAACAUCCUACAUUUGUGCCACAGGGCUCAAGCGGAGUCUCGGAGCGAUCAACGGCAUCAUCGGACGAAUACCCCAGACUGAACAAGCAGGUUUUCACUCUUGAUCGCAUCGACGUCUAUCUCCCUCCUGUAGCUACCAACACUGCCUCGGAUCCCUCCAACCUUUCCUCUGCCAGCUCUAUUUUCAGCUCGACCUUUGACGGGCAAAGUGACGCUGAAAGCUCUACCUCAAUUAACAUACCUGGUGCAUUCUCUACUCAUCUUCCCGCUCAGAUUAGAUCGUCCAUUCCGCCUAAGUUCCCGCCGAAGUCACAACCAGUAGAACCUAAGACGCACACCGAGGAUUCGAAAAGUACAAUCGAGUUGCUCAUCGGCCACCUUCUCUUGCACUUUGAUAUCUCAGUCGGACGGCUAGUUUUCAAGCUGGUGCACCAGCUGAAAGACAUCUUGAAUCAAGGUUCCCCAGCUACAGUGCCGUUGAAGCCGGAGUCAGGCCCCAUUGACAGAACGUAUAUUCUGUGUGCGGAAGAGAUAUCUCUCAAAUUUCUGGAAAGACUCGAAGGCAUUUUGAGCCUUGCCGGCGAGCCUGACGUUGGACGAUGGGCUGCGCCACCUGAAACCGAGAUUCUUCUCCGGGCAACCCUCACCGGUCUAAACAUUAAAUCCCAGUCUUUGAAAUCAACGACGAAGACGUUGGUGACCCUUAAGAAGUUUGUGUUUGGAUACGCGACGGAGAACAUUGUCUCUUUUGACCCUGCCUUACAAAUGAGGACCUCUGUUCGAGACCUCAAAGCUUCUGCCGGCGUUGAUGUGUCUGUGAGCAUUACACAUACCUCUGAAGUAACUCGUUGUGAGGUCACCACUCUUCCGAUGCAUGUCUCAAUAGACCUACAAAGGCUCGACGAAACAUUUAGCUGGUUUGGUGGGCUUAGCAGUGUUUUGAACUUAGGCAGUUCUAUUGCUUCGAAUGCUACUAUCACUGCCAAUAGUCCUGGCAAAUCCAAACCUCGUGGUGUUCGAUUCGAGACUCCCAUCAGACCUGAUGACAAAUCUAUGGCCAUGCAAAACAAGGCCGAUGUCAGGAUUGGAGGUUUCAUUCUUGAUUUGGUGGGCACGGAAUGCAGUGUUGGGGUGGAAACUUCAGCAGUCAAGGCUGUCAGUCGGAGUGAAGGUAUUGGUAUCUCUGUGCAGAAAAUUAGACUUUCUGGUCCUCAUCUUCGACGAUCCAACGAAGAUCCCGCCAUCAACGUUGAGAUUACCUCCACCAGCAUCGAAUACUCUCCUUCGCCAAAAGAUGAAGACUUGGAUCGCCUACUGUCUCUGAUCACCCCAUCGAAAGCUAAAUACGACCAAGACGAUGACAUAUUGCUUGACACCCUUCUACACCAGCGGAAACAAGGCGCAGUCCUUAGAAUCUCUGUUGGUGAUGUCCAAACUCGAAUAGGUCGACUACAUGAGCUCAGCUAUCUUCCAGAAUUGGGUGAUGAGGUUUCGAGGCUAUCUUCUGUUGCAAAGUAUCUCCCGGAUGACGAUAGGCCAGGGCUGCUCUCCCUAAUCAUGGUCAACAAGUUCAAUGCGCAAGUGGAUGUCAAUAAUAGCCUUGGAACCAUACAGCUCUCAUCGACAGAUGUUGAAGUUGCUCAGAUUACCCUCCCAGCACUCAUAGCGCUUAGUGUGAAUACCGCAUCUGCUCGUCGCAAUUCUUCGGAAGAUCUAAUCGGAGCUGCCACUGACCCCGGGCUACGUCAACCGGGAGCCAGGGCACCCGCUAUCAUGGCAAGAAUGAUUGGCGACGAGAUGGAACCGGUGGUGAAGCUCAAAUUGUGGAACCUGAAAGUCGAGUACAAAGUACCUACUCUAAUAACUUUGCUCGGGUUGGCAGAGAAUGCAACUGCACAAGACGUUUCUGCGAGUCUCACAGCAUCUGUUGCUACUUUGACAGAUUUUGCGAGGACAAAAAUACCCCGACCUGUCAUGUACGGUCAAGUUCGACCUGGAAACCCAAGCACUGCAGAUUCCAAACCGCUCAUCAUUGACGUCGUGCUCCGUGAUUGUCUUCUGGGCUUGAAUCCGCUUGGUCAGCCUUCAAAACUUCUUGUUGUAUUGACCGAAGCACAUCUAACGGCAGCGCUUCCGAAAGACCAGAAUGCCAACGCAUCAUUGGACUUGAGUAAGGCUUCAUUGCUCAUCAUUGACAACGUUGCAAAUAUAAAUCCUAUGGAUUUAAACUCGAGACCCCAACGGCACUCGUUUGACGGUGGCAGCACUCAGGUGGCGGAUCUGGGCCGUAUGGGUUAUGUUCAAAUUGGCUCCUUGUCUUCAGCUAAAGCGAUCGUUCUGAUGAUGACAAACGAAGAAGGGGAGCGUUCCAUCGAUGUGGAGCUCCGAGACGACCUUUUCGUUCUCGAAUCGUGUGCCGACUCGACCCAAACAUUAAUUGCGAUUCUGAAUGGUUUGACGCCACCCACCCCUCCCAGCAAGGAGAUCAAGUAUCGAACCAAGGUUAUACCUGUGCAAGAUCUCCUAGCGUCACUGUCUGGUGACGCUUUCGGUACCGCUGAGGGAGACUACAACUUUGACGAUGAUUUCCCAAUUGAUGGGUCGGGAGCUGAAUACCCCGGUGGUGACGAUGGCGACGAUCUUGAAUUCGACUCUCAUUAUUACCAAAAAGAUCCUGGUGAGCAAUACAGACAAACUGUUCUGGAGUUUGAGGCUGGGUCAUCUGCCUCGACACAUUUGACGAGCCGGGAUACCCGCGACGGCGUCUUACUAGAAAGCAUUAUUGAUCCGCAUGAGGAGCCUACGAGCGAAGCACUUGAAUUUCAGGACGAUCAUUUUGGCACGGGCUCUAUCUUGGAAGGCACCGCCCAUAGGUGGAAUUCGGCAAAGAACACUUACGACCGGUCAAACGUGCAGAAAGUUAAGAAAAGUCCCCUCAAGGUUUGCAUUCGUGACGUACAUAUCAUUUGGAAUCUUUUCGACGGCUAUGAUUGGCAACACACCCGCGAUGCCAUUACAAAGGCAGUCCAAGACGUCGAGUCUAAAGCAAUCGAGAAACGAGCACGUAACGAGAGACGACCAACGUUUGACCAAGAUAUUGAGGACGAGGAAACUGUCAUCGGCGAUUUCCUCUUUAACUCGAUUUACAUCGGGAUUCCAGCAAACCGGGAUCCUCGUGAGCUUGCCGCGGCUAUCAACCAGGAGCUGAACGACAAUGCGACAGAGACCGAGUCUAUUGCGACUACAUCAUUGUCUUCCUCGCCAAGUAGGCAAGGGGGCCUACACAAGAGUAAGGGCAAGAAACUGCGACUGAACCGAAGCAAGCAUCAUAAGAUAACCUUUGAAUUGAGGGGCGUGUCUGUCGAUUUGGUGGUCUUUCCACCUAAUAGUGGCGAGACUCAAAGCUCUAUUGAUAUUCGUGUACAUGAUUUUGAGAUCUUCGACCACGUGCCGACGUCGACCUGGAGAAAAUUUGCUACCUACAUGCAAGACGCAGGGGAGAGAGAGACCGGCACCAGCAUGAUCCAUAUCGAGAUACUCAACGUCAAGCCCGUCCCUGAACUUGCCGCGUCUGAGAUUGUUCUCAAGGCGACGGUUCUUCCACUCCGCCUUCAUGUCGAUCAAGAUGCCCUUGAUUUCAUUACAAGAUUCUUUGAAUUCAAGGAUGAUUCUGCUCCCGUUCGUGAAUCUCCAGGCGAUGUUCCAUUCCUUCAGAGAGUGGAGGUCAAUUCCGUUCAAGUCAAGCUUGAUUUCAAGCCAAAAAGAGUGGACUACGCUGGCUUGCGCUCUGGUCACACAACAGAAUUUAUGAACUUCUUGAUCCUGGAUGAAGCAGAUAUGGUUCUUCGCCACACCAUCAUCUAUGGAAUCUCUGGUUUCGAUAAGUUGGGGAAGACCUUGAACGACAUUUGGAUGCCGGACAUCAAGCGCAACCAGCUGCCUGGUAUCCUUGCAGGUUUAGCACCAGUACGAUCUCUGGUCAACGUCGGAGACGGUUUCAGGCACCUUGUGCUAGUUCCCAUCCGUGAGUAUAAAAGAGAUGGGAGAAUUGUACGGGGCAUUUCGAAGGGUGCUGCUGCAUUUGCAAAGACUACUGGGACUGAGCUCGUCAAGCUUGGUGCAAAGGUUGCGAUCGGUGUUCAAACAGUUCUCCAAGGCGCAGAAGGCUUUCUUGGUCCCGGUGUCCAGCCCGUGAAGACUCCCUUUGACGAAGACGACUCGGAAGAGGAAACUAAACAGAUCAGCCUUUAUGCCAACCAACCUGUCGGCGUAAUGCAAGGCCUUCGAGGCGGGUAUUCAGGUCUUCAACGAGAUCUCCUGCUCGCGCGGGAUGCGAUCAUCGCGGUCCCCGGCGAAGUAAUGGAAAGCGGGAAUGCAGCAGGGGUAUUGAGGGCGGUGCGUAAACAUGCGCCGACCGUAAUCCUUCGGCCUGCCAUUGGCGUUGCAAAGGCAGGAGGUCAGAUCUUGAUGGGUGCAACAAAUGCAUUGGAUCCUGUCCAUCUACAGAAAGCGGAGGCUAAAUAUAAGAAGCAUUGAUGACGUGAUGACAUUGAACGCACGAAUGGUGGGGGGGGGG